UGAGCUCCUCGGACGCACGACAACACACCAACUGAAGUGGAAAGCGGCUCCUGUUCUGCUCCUUAUCCCAUUUCGAACAAGGCGGUUCGGCUUCAGACUGCUGUAGGACUGAAUCAGCGGGAACAAGUCAGAGUCAAGAAGACGCUCUCGCCUUUGGCUCGUGCGUUAAGUUUGCCGACAGUUUGACUUUUUUUCUUUUCUUUUUUUUACCUCUUUAUGUCAGCGAAUUAGUAUCCAGUUUUUGCAGUGUUUGUCGGUGGAAAGGUGGACAUCAACCAUUUUCGUUCGUCAUCUCGAAGACUAAAUUUAACUAAUGACGGCAGAGGUCCAGCAGCCCCCAGCGCAGACUCCUGCUCAGAGCAGCCCGAUGUCGGCUCCGGAGAAGCCGCACGGACAGACGGCGGUGAUGGAAACCGCCUCCUCCACUACGAAAACCAAAAAGACGAACGCAGGGAUCCGCAGACCAGAGAAACCCCCGUAUUCAUACAUAGCCCUAAUAGUCAUGGCUAUCCAGAGCUCGCCAACCAAGCGCCUGACGCUCAGUGAAAUCUACCAGUUCCUGCAGAGCCGUUUCCCGUUUUUCAGGGGCUCAUACCAGGGAUGGAAGAACUCCGUGCGUCACAACUUGUCCCUGAACGAAUGCUUCAUUAAGCUGCCCAAGGGCCUCGGCCGGCCAGGGAAGGGCCAUUACUGGACUAUCGACCCGGCUAGUGAGUUUAUGUUCGAGGAAGGCUCCUUCAGAAGGAGACCCAGGGGUUUUAGGCGCAAGUGCCAGGCGCUGAAGCCCAUGUACAGCAUGAUGAACGGCCUGGGAUUCAACCACAUCCCCGAGUCCUACAACUUCCAGGGGAGCGGCGGGGGCCUAUCCUGUACGCCCAACAGCUUGCCUCUGGACAGCGGGAUUGGGAUGAUGAAUGGACACUUGGCAGGUAACAUGGAGGGAAUGGGUCUGUCCGGGCACACCAUGUCACACCUGUCGACCAACAGUGGACAUUCCUACAUGGGAAGUUGUACAGGAUCCACUGGGAGUGAUUAUCCCCACCACGACAAUUCCGCCUCUCCACUGCUCACCAGCGGAGGAGUCAUGGAGCCUCACCCGGUCUACUCGAGCUCAGCCUCGGCGUGGGCCCCGGCCCCCUCGGCCUCGCUGAAUAACGGGGCCUCCUACAUAAAGCAGCAGCCUCUGUCCCCCUGUAAUCCAGGGGCAAACCCACUGCAGCCGAGCUUGCCCACACAUUCACUAGACCAGUCGUACCUGCACCAGAACGGCCACAGUACUACAGAUUUACAAGGUAUUCCUCGGUACCAUUCCCAGUCUCCGAGCAUGUGCGACCGAAAGGAGUUCGUCUUCUCGUUCAACGCCAUGACGUCCUCGGCGAUGCACUCACCGAGCAGCAGCUCGUACUACCACCACCAACAGGUCGCCUACCAGGACAUCAAGCCGUGCGUCAUGUGAUGCGUCCGCGGACAACGUGCAGGGCAGAGGACGGUGUCGCAGACUUGAGCCACGCAGCAGAGUGAAACGAGAACAAACGAGUAAAAAACCACUGAGAGACAGAGCAGAGCGGCCCGGCCCGGCCCGGCCCGGCUUGGCCCCGGAGACAGCUCACUGCUUCUAUUAGAGCGGACUACUUAUCUGUGCCGCGUGACACAUCAGCGACAGAGACGCGGAGACAGGCCAAUCACAAAGCAACCACGUAAUAAUAAUAUAUAAUAAUAAAACCUUUUUCAUGCCAUCAACAUCGAACGGCGGGGUAAAGACUGGCUGUAUGAAACCCUGCUGCUGUUUGGUACUUAGUCCUGCAGAGCGGAUGACUACCACUCCUCAUCUUUGUUCAUGUUUAUUCUUCUUGUUAACGUAGGCCAAUGUAAAAAUGCACACGUCCAUUUUCUCCGUCUAAACCUCUACUUUUUCUUUCCUUUGACAAAUUAGACUGACGCUCUUUUCUCUUUUCUUUUUGGACUUUCAUACCAACGUUGAAUUUCGAAAUGAACAACUAUGGACAUCGCAUAUAUGUGUCCAUACUGUGUAAAAAUGAAGGCACUUUUUGAAUAGCCUAUAAGCGCAACCUUUUAUUUAUUCAGUAGGCCUACAUAUUUUAAUUUCAGGCGAAUUGGCCAAGGAGGUAUAUGCUUUAUUGGCAAUAUUUGUCAGGACGCUUGAUAUUUGUUUUAAAAUGAAAAUUGAGGAUAUAUUGUAAGCACUGUUAUGUCGUUUGUGUUAGAUAUAUGUAGACCUUUACUUUCAGCACUGUAUACUUGUAUAUUGCUAGGAAAAUUAGCAAGGGUCCAUCAAUGAGGGCUGAUCUUUAGGCUAUAUUACAACAAAUCCUUUGUAAGAAAUAAAAUAUAUCUGUUGGACUGUUUAAGUCCAAAUCCACAAAAAACAAGGCUAAUUUCGAUUUCUUUAUGCACCCAGAAUUCAUGGGGCUUUUUUGAGGGGGGGCACUGCAAACAGAUUUCUCUGUAAAUCUUAACUCUGCCAGCAUUAUUACACAAUCAGCCCAAAAUCAGGAAGGAAAAAAUGCAUAAAGGGUGAGGCAAUAUUCUAAUAGUUAAACAGGAUUCUCACAUAAAUGUAUAUGCUUGCAAUUCAUUCAUCAAUAAAACUAAUAAGAAGGGUAAACUGACCUCACCUGGGAUUAACCUGCAAAAUAUUUGGUGAUACUGAAGCCAAAAUCUUAAAACACAAUCUGCAUGUAAGGUCCACACUAGUACCACAGUAGCGCUGCAUAAAAUAUUAUAGAAAUAUCACAGUGGCGUCUUGUCUGUUUUCACCUGGCAGGAGCAGGUCAGGCCUGUUUGUGUAAACUGACAUUAAAUUAAUAAAUCCGAUUUCCCCGAAAACCAUUAAUUAAUUGAUUAUAGAUUUUAAGUAAAUGGUUUUAAACGUCACCCAAAUGAUGCCCUCUGUGUUAGAGCGUGAGCGUGAGCGUGUGCAAUUAAGGCGCAAGAAAUGAAGCGGGGAACUGAUCUGUGUUGAGUUACAGGGUGAAAACCUGCAGCUCUGGUACAUUUACAGCUGUCCUCUUCAGAUACAUUUAGUCCAAAGGAUGUUUCUGCUGAAUAGCUCAAGGGUUCAAAAUGCAAAAAGUUUUUGACAAAGACUGGGCUUUAAGAAAAUAAAAAUCCCAAAAUAACACAAAAAAAGAUCAUUGGGUUUGACAUAAAUUGUUGAGAAAAGAUUUGUUUCUUCUCUUAAAAACACUCUUCCUUUCUUAUAUAUUUCGGAAAAAUCAACCUAAAAAUGUAUUACAGAGGCACGGCAGUAAGAUCCAGUGAAACCUGCACCACUAUUGAAUAAAUGAAUGUCCUCUCACACCAUGGAAAUACCACAGCCACUGGCUAUAUUACAAAAGGCACAUGAGUGAAUUUUCCUAAAUGCUCUUCACUGCAUUCCUUGUUACUUGUUUAUUACAGCAGUUGCAAAAUUCUGAAUAUUUUGUUUUACCAGCUACUAAAGAUAUGAAAUAAUUUUUAUUUAGUUUAGUCUGUGAUGUUGAAAAAAAUACCAGGUGCUCUUAACAUAAAAAAACAUGGAGGUCAAUGGUCUAUUUCCACACACUGCACACCUCUUGAAAGUUAAAGUAACCCAAUGGUAAUUCAAGAUGUCUUAAGAUGUGUUCAUUUUAUUUUGUAGCUAAUGCUGUUGAGGCGUGUUUGCACACACACGUGUACUUCAGGCCGUAAGCACACUGUUUUACGACUUUGAAAUCUCAUAACAUGACCACUGACUGAACCCCAGUAAAAUGAGCAUGCCAUGGAGCACAGGGAUGAGAAGGCUCAGCAGCAGAGGAGCAGCGCAUUAACAAACUGAUGACAUUUGCUGAGCUUCAGCGCUCUGGCGGAGCUGAGGGAGUGAGAUGGGACUUCACAGCUGUUACCUUACCAGGCCUGGAUGACAGCUCCAUAAAAAGCCAGAGGCCUGCUCUGUGCAGACAGACACGCUGUGUGCUUGUGUCUCAACACUAUCGAGACUUCAGUGAAAACAGGACACUUGUGUGGUGCUGCAGACUGACAGGAGAGCAAUCAGUUACCAGAGACGCAGAAACCUAACAUCACAGGCACAGGGUGCAGGUUACUGGGUGCUUAAAUCUGGAUGAGUGCAGUGCGACUCGCUUUCACUUUGGGUUCAUCUUUUGUUGAAACCAAACCAGCACUAUUGUAGACAGAUUCCCAGAACAAGGCAGCAAUAGAUUUUCACCCUAAAUGACGCGUUACCCAUCAAAUAAACACUAUGUGGCUGCAUAAUCCAUAGUUCGCUCAAAAUCACUGCUGUGACAGUUACAACAAUUUUAAGUUUUACAACAUUGACCAUGAAAUUAUUUGUUUUGCAUUAGUGUGAGAUGCAUCAGCCCCCUGAGUUUUGUCAAAAUCCAAUCAGUGGUCUGGGAUGUCAUGUUUAGGUUUAAUUACUCUUCAGAAGAACAAGCCGUGUUAUUUAAACGGAGAGUUUGAGGUACAGGCUUUGUUACAACUGGACUAUAGCAAUGUAGUUUUUUCAAAGUUUGCAAAAUCAUCUCCCAAAAGCGCAUUCAGUGUCAUUUCUGAAAUGCUGCAAGACAAUGUGAAGAUGCAACAUCCCUCAAAUACUUAGGAUACCUCACAAUUUUGUUUAAAAACAAAAGACAGUAAGCCGGGAGUGCAGUCAAACGCUUUAGUAGAGAAAGUUAUUAUGUGUUCCAAACAGAUGCAUCAGCACUACAACACUUCAUUCAGGCAUUGCAGCGUAUCUUCCUUACCUGACCACACAGAAUACAAUGAAUAUGUCACUUUUAUUAAUAAAACAUACAAAUAUCACUGUUGAAAUGUACAAUGUCUAUAAGCAAAACAUUCUGAAAAAACCUAAGCAAGCAAAAAGCAAAA